CCACCCCUGCAGUAUUAUUUUCUCUUAUAUGGGCGGAUCCGACGCGGCCACCACACACGCAAGGGACGACGCCCAGGUCGUGGUGGUGGUUGUGGGAUCCCCCGUCGCCGCCGACUCCACAUCCGACCCCCCAGCGCCACCGCCGCAGGCCCCAACUCCACCGGCCGAGGCGGCGGAACCUAAGCGGGACCUCUCGGCGGCGGCGGCGGCGGCGGCUCCGGCCGAGCCCGUAGUAGCGGUGGAGGGCAAGCAGGAGGCGGCGGCGGGAGCGGGGGUGCAGGCCAUGGCCGUCACCUUGGCGCGGGACGUCGAGACGGGCCCGGAGGCCAGCACCAGCGGCUCCGCGGAGGACAAGCCGUCAUGGUUCACCCCAAAGAGAUUACUUGUCAUGUUCUGCAUCAUCAACAUGCUAAAUUAUGUUGACCGGGGAGUAAUAGCAAGCAAUGGUGUCAAUGGCAGCCGUGGCACUUGCUCGGGUGGCACAUGCUCAUCAGGUUCUGGAAUUCAAGGCGACUUCAAUCUGAACAAUUUUGAAGAUGGUGUGUUGUCCUCGGCAUUUAUGGUUGGAUUGUUGGUGGCUUCGCCGAUAUUCGCGUCACUGGCAAAAAUACACAAUCCUUUCAGGCUUAUUGGUGUUGGAUUGUUAGUCUGGACAAUUGCAACAGCUGGUUGUGGGUGCUCGUUUGAUUUCUGGUCAAUUACUAUAUGCCGCAUGUUAGUUGGUGUUGGUGAAGCUUCAUUUAUAAGUCUCGCAGCUCCAUUCAUUGAUGAUAAUGCACCAGCAGCACAGAAAACUGCAUGGCUUGCUAUGUUCUACAUGUGUAUACCCACUGGGAUAGCACUCGGCUAUGUUUACGGUGGGCUGGUUGGGGAUCAUCUGCACUGGCGUGCUGCUUUCUGGGGAGAGUCAAUUUUGAUGCUUCCUUUUGUUAUUCUUGGCUUUGUGAUAAAGCCACUAGAGCUCAAAGGAUUUACUCACAACAAGAAGGCAAAAGAGUAUGGUCAAAUGCUCAAUCCUGAGCUUCAAGAUGGCACAAAUAAUAGUGGAGUAAAGCAGGUUGUGCCUGGUGGGGAUGAUGACCUGGCAGAAAAGCUCCCACAAAAGUCUUCCUCUUCCAGUUUCGUGAAGAAAGUUAUGGUUGAAAUCCGUCAUUUUGGGGAAGAUAUGAAAGAGCUGCUUCAAGAGAAAGUCUAUGUUAUCAAUGUAUUAGGUUACAUCUCCUACAACUUUGUUAUUGGUGCCUAUUCUUAUUGGGGCCCUAAGGCUGGUCAAGAUAUCUACAAGAUGGGCAAUGCAGAUCUAAUGUUUGGCGGAAUAACAAUAGUGUGUGGGAUAUUUGGAACCCUUGCAGGGGGGUUCAUCCUUGACAAAAUAGACUCUACAAUUUCUAAUGCUUUCAAGCUUCUUUCUGGCGCGACUUUCUUAGGGGCAAUAUUUUGUUUCAGUGCUUUUUGUUUCAAGAGUCUCUAUGGAUUCAUACCCUUCUUUUCAGUGGGGGAGCUCUUGGUUUUUGCAACUCAGGCUCCAGUAAACUACAUAUGCCUUCAUUGUGUGAAACCAAGUUUGCGGCCAUUAUCAAUGGCCAUGUCUACUGUUUCAAUCCAUAUAUUUGGUGAUGUGCCCUCUUCACCCCUUGUUGGGCUUCUGCAGGACAAAAUCCAUAACUGGAGAGCAACAGCUCUUACGUUGACAUCCAUCCUCUUCGCUGCAGUUAUAUUUUGGUUUAUGGGCAUAUUUGUCCGCAGCGUUGAUCGUUUCAAUGAACAGAGCGAGCAUGGUGUUCCUGCUACUGAGAGAACUAACCUCAGACCGUUGCUUGAUGGAAACGAUGAGGCGCGCACGGCUGAAUGAUCUGUGAGGUCAUCAAGCACGAUGCCUUUUGUUUCUUUUUUAGCCGAAUAAUUUCGGCUGUGCCAGCAACAUGUGAAAUGUAAAUUCGCAUGUCCAAUGGCUGUACCUGUACAUACAGAAAAAAAAAAUCGUUUCCUUCUUGAUCUUCUUGAGUUGUUUUGUGUACAGUUGCUGCAUCAGAGUUGCAGAAUCCCUGUAUCAAAGGUGUAACUUAUAGUUGAUUAGAUAAGGGUAAUGUUUGCACAUCUCAAUGAAAGUCGCUUCCAAAA